ACAGUAGAAUCGCUUUGGCGACGGGUGUUUUGUCCAACCUGGCCGCGGGUGACAGCUGUUUGUUGUGACCUUUUGUGGAGACGAGAUAACAGCGCCGCAGCGUGAGCAAAAUCCACUCUUGAAAACUCGCUACAGAGAAAUAUCAAAAUGGCUGCCUGGAGAACUGCCGGACUGAACUACAUCAACUAUUCCAACAUUGCCGCCCGGCUGCUCCGUAAAGCGCUCAAGCCGGAGCUGCGAGUUCAAGCUGCCCGCCGCGAUGAUUCCCACAUCAAGUUCACCAAAUGGCAGGGUGGCAAGCCGGAAAAUGAAAAAUGAUUUUUCUUAUCAUUUUGGUUAGUUUAUUCGUCAGGCCCUAAGCGAAUAAGCCAAACGACAGUUAAUUCUGGUCCGGAUUGGGAAAACACAUGUUUAGUACAGAUAGCGGGCGAAAUAAAUUAUGUGAAAUCAUUACGUUGAUGACCAACUA